AUGUCUCUUGGCGGUAAGGUAUUGGAUUCAGUGAAUGAUGGGAAGGGUCCACCGCAGUUUAUAAUAAGUGGUCAAAAUUAUCAUCGGAUUGGAAGUUUGCUCCCAGAUGCUGGUCCGAAGCCUAAAUUUGCCCAGUUAUAUAUAUACGACACUCAGCAUGAGAUAAUGCAUAGGCAGCGAAUCUUUGGGCAAACAUCUGAGAUAGAUAAAGAAUUGAUAGCUGAGUUAUUACAAAUGAUCGAUACUCAUAAUGUCAUAGCACAGUCAUUUCGAAGAGUUAGAGAAUUCUAUCAGUGUCAUCCAUCUGAGAUUUUCUCUUUGAAGUUGUAUUCGCAAAGGAAGGUUGAUCGAAGAAUUUACAAUGCUCCUUCUUGCGAUGAAGUUGCUGCUUUGAUUGUUGGAGAUUUUGAUUCAUCGGAUCAUGGCCAUGACAUUAUUGUUCGAUCUACUGGUGGUCAGUUGCAACGUAUUUAUGAAACUCAUGCUCUGUAUUGGCCCUUACAGUAUCCUUUGUUGUUUCCAUAUGGUGAGGAUGGUUACCAACUGAACAUUGGUUAUCGAGGUGAACAGCCUGGAUAUGUUCCUGGAAGGAGAACAAGGGUUUCCCUUAGGGAAUUCAUAUGUUUUCAUCUCCAGAUUAGGGAACACGAAGAUAGAAUUAUUCACAAGUGUAGACGGUUAUUUCAGCAAUUUGUUGUUAAUUGUUUCACCAUGAUUGAGUCCCAAAGGUUGCAUGAGAUUAGAAUGAAGAAAAGUACAAUUAGAGGAAAAGUCCUUCAAGGAAUAGAGGAGGCUAUGCAUCGUGGCGAUGAUGAAGCUUCUUCAAUUGGGACACGAAUCAUUUUUCCUUUUUCCUUCACUGGUGGUAGAUGUUAUAUGUUUAACCGUUGUCAGGAUGCCAUGACAAUUUGUAAACAUUUUGGCUAUCCAGAUUUAUUCCUCACUAUUAUGUUUAAUCCAAAUUGGCCUGAAUUUCAGCGAUUCACAGAGCGAGAGCGAAUUCCCAUCACUGAUCGUCCUGAUAUCUCUUGUCGUGUCUUUCUUGCCAAGUUGAAGUGCCUCCUUAGCGAUCUCAAGGAAGGUGUGUUUUUUGGUCCACUUAAUGCAGUGAAGAUCAACGAUGUUGAUAUUGAUAACAGAUUUGUUGUGCCCUAUAAUCCACUGCUGUUAAUAAAAUAUCAAGCUCACAUAAAUCUUGGGUUAUGUAACAAGUCAAACGUGAUUAAGUAUCUUUUUAAGUAUGUCAAUAAGGGUUCGGAUCGGGUGACUGCAACUGUUGGAGAAACAUAUGAUGUUGGUGAAUCCUCCCAGGUGGUUGAUGAGAUUAAACAGUAUUACGAUUGUCGUUAUUUGUCACCGUCUGAAUCCAUGUGGAGAAUUUUUGCUUAUGAUAUUCAUCAUAGAUGGCCGGCGGUACAGAGGCGGUUCUCGGAGGGGCGGUCUUUAACAUAUGUUGAAUAUCCAGGAAAAUUUGUCUAUUGUUCGAAUAGCAGGGAGUGGAAGCCAAGACAGAGGGGAUUCUCAAUUGGAAGAUUGAGUUUCGCUCAUCCCUCAUCUGGUGAACUUUUCUACAUGCGGAUGCUUUUGAAUGUGCAGAAAGGAAGUCUCCGAGUUAGCGUCAGCUGCACAGCUAAGGAGGCUUUUUGUGAUGUUGUUGCUAUCUGGUUCCAUAGGAAGAUGUCAGUUUGGGAACAAACUUGGGCUUAUUUGUCUGAUGAUAUUCUUUAUCGCAGAAGACAUGAGCUGCAAUAUCCCGAUCUAACGAUGAGUCAGGAUGAGUUGGAAGCAUUUUGUUUGUUGGAGAUUGAGAAACUAUUGCAGAGUAAUGGAAAAUCAUUGAGAAAUUAUGCUGGCAUGCCGUAUGAUACUGUUUCUUUGACUCGUGAGCACGAUGCAAAUGUCUCCAAGUUAAAUGAAGAACAGAGGGUGGUCUACGAUAAAAUUAUUGAUUGUGUUUCGAAUAAGAGGCAUGGAUUCUUUUUUGUGUACGGGUUUGGUGGCACUGGAAAAACUUUUUUAUACAGAGUUUUGUCAGCUAGAUUGCGAUCUGAGAAAAAGAUGGUUAUAAACGUUGCUUCUAGUGGUAUUGCUUCUCUGUUGUUACCUGGUGGUAAGACGGCGCAUUCUAUGUUCAAUAUUCCUGUUGAGCCGACUGAAGAUACUAUUUGUCGGAUUAAGAAGGAUAGUCCAAAAGCUGAGGUAGUCCGAUUGGCCGAUUUGAUUAUUUGGGAUGAGGCACCGAUGACUAACAAAUUAGCAUUUGAAGCGCUCGAUAGGACGUUGCAGGAUAUAAUGGUUUCGGUCUCUGAUAGGAAUAAAGAUUUACCUUUUGGUGGGAAGGUGGUCGUUCUUGGUGGUGAUUUCAGGCAGGUCUUGCCAGUUAUUCCAAAAGGUUCUCGUGCUGAGAUUGUGAUGGCGUCCAUAAAUUCUUCUGUCCUCUAG